AUAUAUCAGAUUCUAUAUCACUCUUCGAUUUAAUUUUUAGUGUAAAUAUCUUACCAUCUGUUUUCUUAACGGUUCCAUGUGUUUAUCUUAUGGUUAUUGGCACGAUAACUCUUAUGUUUGUGUCACGCGAACGAGUCAUUAAAGGGCGGAAGUGAGAAAGUACGAAAAUAUUCAGUACGAUGAUUGAUUUCUUCUGUCCGCCAUUUUACUUUAACAACGCAGGAAUGACUAAAUGCUUAGUCUGUUUUGGCAAAGUCUUGUGUAAUUUAUUAAAUUUUGAAUUCAAUAUAGUGAAGCAGUUAAACAAAGAUGACAGAUCAGCUGUUUGGACCCAUAUAUAGAAACAGGAGAGUACCAAUUCCUGUAGAUGAAGCUUUGAAUAUCUUAAAAACCAUUGAUCAGAGCAGAUGUGUUAACGUUCCUCCAGAGAAUCCUAAAGAUGGUGACAUUUAUGUGUUUAAACCAACCAAUGGUCAGAUGGGUGACAACUGGAAAGAAGACACACACCAGUGGCGUAUCAUUUCCUCAGUCCACCUACCACGGCGCAAUCCUGCAAUUUUAAAACGUGUAUAUGCAUUAAUGAAUCCUGAUGGCGAAGUUGACAAAGAGUUAAGAAAGGAAGUCUAUAGUCAAGAAGGGGGUCAGAAUAACCUCACCUUACUGCAUUUCCUGGGCAACUUUGAGUUUGAGGUUGAUAAAAGAUUAGCGAGAAUGGAAGAUUCUGGUAUUGACUCAACAAGUCAUUUAGACAAGGAAUUAUUCCUGCCAGUUGAAAUUUCUGGAGAUACAUCACAUGGUGAUAAGGCUCACUCUGCUGGUGCAAACCUGCAUCCAAUAAUUUUCACAACACAGGAACAGAGCUCUUGCAUAGCAUCAACAGUUUCAGACAUAACUGGUAGUUCUGAUACAUCUUCCAUUGCAAAUCAAGUAGAUACAGCUAGUACGAAGCACGCUGCUGACUCCAGUAUUGGGCCUGAAGAGUUAGAAUCUGCAUGGGUGACUUUGCAAACUGCUUUAGGCAAGAAGUCUGGAGCAAAACCAGUGGUGGACAUGGUGAACAAACUGUUGGAAACCGUGAAGGAAGACAAUUCGAGUGUUGAUUACUGUUUGGUUGUAUCAGACAAGAAGAGUGGUAAAAGUUCAGUUAUAGGCUCUCCAGAUAUAGCUCUUAGAAGAAGUAAGUCAUCUUUAUAUUCAAUAUACAGGCCCGUAGGAAGGGGAGGGGGCUAAUGUUUUUGAAAGAGAAGGGAGGUCCCCCAUGUUUUUAAAAGACUGCAAUGGUAGUCUGGGGAACCUUAUCAUGUAUCUAAAUUUUAUCUACAGAUUAAAUGGUGGCUUUUGGUGAAUUCUCAUGUGCAAAUUUUAAAAUAAAUGCAAAAAAACCCCAACAAGUCGGGCCUCAAGUCAGAUUAGCCUCAAGUUAAACCAGCCCCAAAAUAAGACAAAUCGACCUCUAAACAUUUUUAAAAUGUCAAAUUGACCCCAAAAUUAGUCAAAUCG